GCAUUUAACUAUGUUCUCCUGACACCGGAGCAACCUCCUCUAACACUGCUGAACCGGGAAGGAGGAGGGGGUGGAAUUCCUGCAAAGAGAGACACAACGGAAGGCAGAGAGGAGAGAAUAAGCUAAUACUCUGUGCAUCAUUUAAUGUGUCAUGGCCAAAUUUUCUAUCCGGAAAUACAACAACAGUGACUAUGAUGCUGUUCGGCUUCUGUUUGCAGAGGGGAUGUUUGGGCUUGUUCCUGCUUCGGCCUUCUACUUUCUGAAACACCCACAAGUUAACAUCUUUUUUUUGGUGUUUUUUAUUAUCUUGCUUUUCAUUUCCAAGUCCUUUUUAUUGUCCCUAGUAGGCUUGGCUGCCAUGUUGGCUGUUUGCUGGCAUUUGUUGAAAAGUGAAUUCAAUCAGUAUGUGGAAAAGAGCAAGAGAGAAGACCUGCGUGAUAUUGAGAAGUCCUACAUGGAGAUGGAACGCUCCUGCUUCUGGGUGGUUGAGUCUAAUGGAAAAGUUGUAGGUAUGGUGGGAGUCCAAACAGCCCAAGAUUCCAAUGAAGAGAUGGUGCUCAGACGUAUGUCUGUUGCAAAGGAUCAUCGGGGACAAGGAAUAGCCAAAGCUCUGUGUCUGAAGGCUAUUGACUUUGCACGACAACACAGGUGCAGAGUUAUGAGUCUAGAAACAUCUAUAAUACAAUUUGCUGCUCAAAAACUUUAUGAGCAUUUAGGCUUCAAGAAGGUCAGUGCUGUGACUCUUCCCUCAUUGUUUGGAAGAUUAACAAACUUUUGUAUUCUAUGUUAUGAAUAUAACAUAAAACCUUAACAACAAUUUCAAUUAACCAUAUAUUAUCAUAUACCACAAUCUAAUUCAGAAAAAAAUUUCAAUUAGUAACAAGGACUUUUUUUUAAUUAACAAAAAGAUCUAAAACUGGGAAGGCAUUUUUCUCAUAAUAUAACAGAUUUUAAAAGUUCUUUUGUUUUUGUAACCCAAUCAAUGCUUCAAUCCAAUAACGUUAAAUGCAAACUCAGGUGCUCUCUGACUUUCAUUUGAAAACUAUUCAAAGUCAUUAGAAGUCAGUAUAUGACCUACAGGAAAAGUUACUUGGCUUUUUAAGGGGGUUUAAUGGGUUUCAGACAACUUCAUGGACGUACAACCUACAAAACAUAACUAAAACAUGGCAGCUAAUUGAUUCGGUACUGAUGAUGAUUGCUGCCUGUAAUUACAUUCAGGUGUUUUCACUUAUCCAAUAAUCUCAAUUCAUGAAGUUUACAAUGAACUUUUUAUAAUUAACAUGUUUAAAUGACCAAACACACCAUUGCAAUAAUAAAUGAUGACUAUGAGAAAUAAAAUGGUAAAACCUA